GAAAUCAACACAUGGUCACGUGUGGUAUCUACGUGAUUUUGAUUGUUUUGGGUGGGAAUGAUUAUAUAAAUGGGCAUUUAAGUACCAUGUAAUGAUGCCUCGACUGUCUAAAUUCUUGUACUCCCUUACGUUCUCAGACGCCUGUGCACUUCGGCUUUUCCAUUCUUUUUUGUACUAUGUUUCCAAGCAGUCGUGUUUGUUCUUCUUUAACUACACCGAGUUGGGCCACUUACACCUGGGCGACAUAUACCACGACCACCAGCAAUCCUUGGAUGCGAUAUACGCCUACGUCGGCGAUCAUCACUUCUCCCGGUUGCACCGAUUUGUCAUCAUGGCAUAUGUACAGACUACAAUCGCCGGCAGACGCGCAAUACCGCUUCCUAAGGCUUACAUCACACGUCCAACUUCUCAAGUCGAUGAACUCGAUCCGACUUGGAGACAACUGAGCAAAAAGGAGCGCGCGGCCACCUGGCCUGAGUCCAUGGCAGAAGAGAAACGGCGCCAGUCAGAGAAGCCAAACAAAAAUACAAGCAUUACACUCUCUCCGAUCCUUGAGGUGCCGACUCCACGACUUUCCUUCCACUCUGAGCAAAAGUCCGAUGGUAUAACGGCUCAUUUGGACAAGGUAACUCAAAAGGGAGUCACACCUAGGGACCAGCAAAAUGGUGGGAAUAAGGCGGUGGAUUAUACCGAGAUAGCAUGCGAGGGAACCUGCCCGAAGAAGGAGAAAUUGUGGAAGCCAGAACCACAGGAUGCUCAGACAUACCUCACAAGAAAACCUCCCUCGAAAAUGAACAAAGGGGCAACACUACCGCUAUUCAUAAAGCCGAUAUUAAAUCCAAGGCAGCCUAACCCGCACCACGAGCAAAGUCCGAAGGCUGGACCUAUGGAUUUCUCCGAGGACUCAUCAGCAUCGACGAUGCGGAUAUCCAUCAACGCGCCGCCAGACAUAUCAGACGUCCCGACUAUAUCACCCGUUUUCUCAUCCCGUUUGACACCAUUGACACCUGUUCGGCAGGCGAUGCUCACCGUUUGGCCAGGGAACAAUACAUUCAAAGGGGAAUCCAUGGAGUGGGUCAACCCCAGCGACAUUUCCAGCGGCCCCUCGACGGGCUCUGACUUGUCACCCACGAGUUUGGGGUCAUACGGGGGAGAUGCUCAAGACAGCCCGAGGACCGAGGACGCUGCUGAUGAUACAAAUGAGGAGACACAUCAACCGGAGGUCAAGGGGUCUGGUAACAGUACAAUGGGCAUAUUCAAUAAGACCUUGACGAAGAUGGGUACAUGGUUCAAGUGGCACCGCUAAGUACCUUACGAAGAGCUAGGGAACUGGGCCGGAUAUGCUAUGGACUGAUGUUAUGGGGUGCAGCCUUGGGAGGCUAGAUUAGGGUAGAUAGUUGAGUAGUCAAAGAAGGAGUCGGCGAUGUGUAAGGCGGAGUACCACAGAUGAUUAUA